AUGCACACUGAGAUUAUCAAUGUCGGCUCAGGAGUGCCAGAUUCCCGUGGGCUCAAUGUCCCGGACUACCGGCUACAAAAACCUCCUGCUAGGAAACUUCCCUGGAACUGUUUACCACGUUACUUCGGACUAGGCCUUUUGAACUAUGCCGCUAGGGCUUUCCUUCUUAUUUUCAUUCGAAGGCUAAGGCUGAUCGAGAUCGACCUUCUUUGCCUGAAGUUUGGCCUCGGUGAACUGCUUGACACAGUUCCAGGUUUCCUCUCCCUAGAGCAUAGCUCCAGCCCUUUUGUCAGGAAUGAUGUCGAGACUGAUCCUAUUCCUAGAGAUCAAACAGGUUUGGCCAGAGGCAUGCCACUUGUCACAAAAGAAGGUGUACUCUGCAAUUCUGGGACAGUACAGUCUGAGCUGGCAGCCUUCCUCAUUCUGUGCAAAAAGUGUCAGUCUACUGGUACAGGGUCCAGUACUCCCCCUGCUCCAGAUAUGUCUGCAAGUCUUGUAGUGUGCCUCUGUGUGUUCUUACCUCUGGUCAAUCCACAUAACUACUUUGUGCAACGGCAAGUUUAUCCAGUUGCAGAAUGGGAAGCGUACACGGACCACGCAGGCCAGCAUGUCCAGGACACCCCGACAGGCCGCUCCUACACUUACAGAUAUGACGGCACUGGACACAAACAAAGGUCACUGGUGACAACUAGCCAAAGGUCGCGAAACUGGCCUAGAGGAACUGGUUUCGGGCCAGCGCCUGACCACGAGGGAUCACCCAGUGAAGCCGCAGACCAAGUGUAUGAUUCAUCUAAAAUGAUAUACAAGUAUGACGAUCAAACCUUCGAGCCAAAAGUUAUCAUUCCUUCGCCUUUUUGGAUUGAACCUUCUAGUGAGGAAAACACUGAUUAUAUAACAAGAAAACAAUAUUCUGUAUCAAAUCAAAAUUAUCACCCAAAACCCCUUAGCUCUUUUCAACCACGCAACUCUGUACCCAUUAAUCCGACACUUCUUCCAGAAAGGCCAAUUCGUACAAAAAAUAUUCCACCUCUUUCGAUACCUAACAUAGAGGUUAAUGACGGUGGGAUUUUAAGUAAUGCCGAAGGAAAUAAGAUUAAGCUCAGAACUACAGAUGAAUCUUACUAUGGAAAACAAGGUGCGCUUAAACCCCCUUUUACAAUUUACGAGGAAUAUAUACAAUUCCCGUUAACUCAACAAUCGCGUAAACCUCCAGAAUCAGACAUUGAAGUGGUGAGAAAACCACUCACGUUGUCAGAACCUAAUGGCAUUUCCCAAGGCAAACAGCAUGUUCCAUACGUAGAACAGCCCAACUGGAGCAGACACGGCAAAGUCGAUAUUUCCACUGCAUUAAGUGGCCUCAUAAGCCAACAGGCAAAACUGUCUGAACAUAUAAAUACGAUACUGAAUAUUCAUAAAAAUUCGCUACAAAGACACCAAGCAAACAACAGUCUGGUCCAACCACAAUAUGAAACAGACACUCGUAGAAUUGGAUUUAAUACUCCAACUGAGAUUGAUGCUUUAGCCAAUAUAGACAAUUAUGGGACAAUCGGUCCGGAAAAAGUAUAUCAAGUUAAAGUAACAAAGCCCCCAGCGAUUGCUAACGAUUUGAGAUGGCAGGUUGAGAAAAAUAAAGCGGCAUUGCACCAGGCAGAUAAUGGAGUUUAUGAUGGUUAUGAUGUCUACACACCGGUCUUUAAUGGACAAUUCCCUGAAGUUUUCAAAAGUUCUGGCCCAUUAAGAAAACCAAUUACACACUCCUCACCACGACCAAUUACAAAACCCCUACCACAACCAAUUUUCCAAUCUUUGCCACAUUCAACGUUAAGCUCCUUACCGCAAAAAACUACACAUUCUGUACCACAACCAAUUAUACAUUCCUUAGUACUAGACGUUUCUCACUUCUCACCACAACCAACGUCACACGGCUUACCUCAACAAGUUUUGGACUCCCUACCACAACCAAUUAUACAUUCCCUACCACAAGACGUUUCUCACUCCUCACCACAACCAACGUCACACGGCUUAUCACAACAAGUUUUGGACUCCCUACCACAACCAAUUAUACAUUCCCUACCACAAGACGUUUCUCACUCCUCACCACAACCAACGUCACACGGCUUAUCACAACAAGUUUUGGACUCCCUACCACAACCAAUUAUACAUUCCCUACCACAAGACGUUUCUCACUCCUCACCACAACCAACGUCACACGGCUUACCACAACAAGUUACGGACUCCUUGCCACAACCAAUUAUACAUUCCCUACCACAAGACGUUUCUCACUCCUCACCACAACCAACGUCGUACGGCUUAUCACAACAAGUUUUGGACUCCCUACCACAACCAAUUUCUUUCUCCUCGCCGCAACCAAAAACACACUCCUUACCACAACCAGCGUCACAAUUAGUACCACAAUCAAUUACACACUUCUUUCCACAACCUGUCAACAGCCAGUUGAGUGCUUUUGAAGAUAUCAAACCUGAGGCUCUCCAGUGGGAUCCCUGUGUAGGUCCAGGUGACCUGGCCGGCCACUGUGUCCCAGCAGAACUGUGUGAUCUGACAGACAACCUCCAUCACUACUCUGCUACCCAGAGACACUAUUGUAUCAUCAAACACAAGCAAUCCAUUGGCGUUUGCUGUGUGAACCUCAAGCAGCAUCCAGUGGUCAGGGUGCCAGGUGUAGCGAGUUCCCCUUCAGUAUCAGAUGAUCAUAUCGCCUCACAUCAUCACCACCAUGAACACUGCAUCUACCCGAUUGCCGACUAUACAGUGUGUGGGCGUAGCGGUAAGAUGAUGUCCGACAUCACCACACAGGCCGUGGCCACGCUGCGGGACUGGCCCUGGAUGGCGGUGCUGGUGUUCAGAUCCUCCCGCAGACAGUUCUGUGGUGGUACACUCAUCUCCCGUCGUCAUGUGCUAACUGCAGCUCACUGCUUUCGAACGAUCAACGCGUCUGAUAUCCUGGUAGUCCUGGGCGACUACGAUGUCAGAAAGACCAACGAGAGCAGGUCGCGAGCAUUCUCUGUGGAACGACUCAUCUCCAACGACGACUACGACCCUGCGACUCACGAGAACGACAUCGCACUGCUAGUGCUCAACACUACUACCGCCUACAACAACUACAUCCAGCCAGCAUGUCUGCCGGCGCCUGGUCCGCGCUACACCAACGUGUCCGCCGUCAUCACAGGGUGGGGCCGGAUCGUAUACAAAGGACGAUUGCCUACCGACCUGAUGGAGGCACCUCUUCCAGUGUGGGACCAGGACAUGUGUAUUCCCAGAUUCCCACAGACUAUAUUUAACACAAGCAUGUGUGCCGGAGCUUUUGAAGGUGGAAGAGAUUCAUGCCAAGGGGACAGUGGAGGACCUUUAGUGACACAGUGUCACCACAGCAAGAGGUGGAUCAUCAUCGGAGUAGUGUCUUGGGGCAUACGCUGUGCUGAGAAAGACAAGCCAGGAAUAUACACCAGAGUCAACGAGUAUCUUGACUGGAUACAUGAAAACAUCGUCGAGAACACUACUGGUAGUGCAUCAACCCCUGAGCCUACCGUCUUAAAUACAUUUUUAACCUUACACCCUCUUCAAAGCUCACUCAGCCCUACAGUGUACAGUGUGCAGACGAUACCGCGGCAGUGUGAAGUGAAGAUGUCCACGACCGCAGUGGUGUUGUUGUGUUUGUGUGCGCCACCGUUGGUCCUGUCCUUCGCCCACGUACCCGGACGAACCGAUGUUCAAGGGGUCCAGCCACUUCACCACCAGCCGCGCCUACACACAGAUAAUGCUUUUACGUGGAGGGUUCGACGUCAGGCCCCGGCAGCGCCGCCCAACCUGCCGGAGGACAUCUACCCUCUCGGGGACUUCAGGGUUUGUGGUCGCAACGGCAAGAAGAUGUCGUCGAUUACGAAGGUGGCUCCCACGACAGUGAGGGACUGGCCGUGGAUGGCGGCGUUGGUCUACCGUGCGACGUUCAAGCAGUUCUGUGGCGGGACACUCAUCACGAGGCGCCACGUCCUAACUGCGGCUCACUGCUUCCCCAGAGCGGAUCCUGAUGAAGUGAUCGUCCUCCUUGGAGAUUAUGAUCUGAAGAAGCCAAAUGAAAGCAAAUCCAGAGCCUACGCAGUUGUUCAAAUGACAGUUCACGAGGACUUUGAUGUUACUUCUUACGAGAACGAUAUCGCUAUAUUGACAUUGAACGCUACGACAGUCUACAACUCCUUCAUCCAACCCUGCUGUUUGCCGGCUCCUGGGCCUCGGUACGCCAAUACCAUUGCGGUGGUCACAGGAUGGGGCAGGUUGGAGUUUGGCGGACUGCAGCCCAGUGUCCUGAUGGAGGCGCCCGUGCCAGUGUGGGACCAGGCCAAGUGUGUUCCUAACUUCGCACAGACUAUCUUCAAUUCUACACUGUGUGCCGCCGCCUACGAGGGAGGCAAGGACGCUUGUCAGGGUGACAGCGGCGGUCCACUCGUGAGACAGCGCAGUGACGACCGCUGGGACAUCAUCGGCAUCGUCUCCUGGGGCAUCCGCUGUGGCGUCAAAGACAAACCUGGAGUCUACACUAGGGUCAACAACUUCUUGGACUGGAUAGCGCAAACUGUUUUAUAAUUUAUUAAAUCAAUUUAUAUUU